GCACAUAACUUCAUUACAAGCAUUAAGAGACUGAGACAAGACUCAAUUUCAGGAGACGUAUUUACUAAUAAACGCAUGAAUGAACCUGCUCUCACUGAUAUAUCACGAGUCUACGGCGACGAAUCAAUCUAUGAAUAUUUGCGUACCUUUUGUCAAUCUGAGGUUAAUCACUUGUCAGAUACAGACACAAUGGCAUUACCGAUAUUUCAAAGCAUAGAUAUGAUAUGUGUUGAUUCCUUGUACGCAGCUAUUUCGAUGAAAUAUGCAAGAGACGAGAAUGACUUUCGCUAUGAGAUAGUAAAUACGUAUUACGGUAAUUAUGCGGAAGCGUGA